CGACUGACGACGGAUGAGUGAGAGUUGUCGCGCGGCUUGCUCGCAGACUGCUUGCUGACCACACACUCGCCAUACACCGUUUGGCCCAUCGACGCAAAUAAUCCUCACAGCGCCUGGCGCGCCACCUACAUCCCGAAACGACCUCACCUUCUCCAGCGAAGAAACACAACGACCCCGCCAUCCUCCACCACACGCAGUCAUGGCUGCCCCUCUUCCGAAGCGAAUCAUUAAAGAGACCGAAAGGCUCCAGAACGAGCCCGUUCCAGGCAUCUCGGCCACGCCACACGAUGACAAUGCGCGAUACUUCGACGUCGUCGUAGAAGGACCCGGUGGAAGCUGCUACGAAGGCGGCGUGUUCCAACUCGAACUCUUCCUGCCCGAUGACUAUCCCAUGUGUCCUCCCCGUAUACGAUUCCUCACGCGCAUCUAUCACCCCAACAUCGAUCGCCUGGGCCGUAUCUGCCUUGAUGUGCUGAAGAACAACUGGAGUCCCGCGCUCCAGAUCAGAACAAUACUGUUGAGUAUACAAGCACUGCUGGGAGCACCGAACCCAGAGGACCCGCUCAACGAGGCAGUCGCCAAGCAGUGGAAGGAGAAUCAACCAGAGGCGAUCAAGACCGCGCGGGAGUGGACGACGCUGUAUGCGCAGCCCAAAGCUUGAGUUCUCGGGAAGGGGCGAGAGAUGUCAUUUUCGGUACGAGUACGAGCGAAGUCGACUCCAGACAGAGGGUUGUGCCUGCCAGUCUCCGGACGGCUCCACGGCAAUGAUCACGAAGUAUGAACUCAUGGAUCGAAUAUGAUUGCGCCGUAACUACGGCUGACAUAGAGUGCUUACAACAUGUGCAAGAAGGCGGAGGGAGCUCAUGAUACUGCAUGAAUACGAAGCGCUUUCAAGACACC